UUUCAUUUCGACAACCGACAAGUUCUGCAGCCUUUCAACACCGGUCCACGGAACUGCAUCGGCCGAAAUCUGGCGCACAGCGAAACUCGUAUCUCGUUGGCAUUGUUGUUGUACAGCUUCGACAUGGAGCUCCACCCUAAAAUCGAGGAUUUGGAUAAAAAAGAAGACGUGGUUUUGGUGGUAUAA